AGAAGGCGGCGUGUAAUACGUGAUCAGAAACAGCUCUAUUUAUAAAGAAUCAUACGGUCUGCCAUGCUCCACUCUCUCCUCACGCACAAGGACGAGUUUGAAAGGACACACACAGCAUGCCUCGCUCUCUGGACACGUUGCGCUCUACCGACGCACUGUACAGGGCUAAAGCUGGAUAAGGGGGCUGAGGAACAGGAGACCUGCAGAGGAAUCUACAGACUAGUGAGGCAAGAAAAUCUUCCUUCACCAUGGAUGACAUUGAGUACAGCGUCCACAUCUCAGAGAAGGACUGGGACUCUUUCUUCCAGGAGUGUGAAGAGUGUGAUCUCCUUCCUCCAGUGCUGGCUGGACCGGAUGACUCCGGAACGAGCGACGUUGACGACUUGAGCUGCCAUCUCUCACACAGGGCGCCAAGACCGGGCAGAGACAUAGUUCGGCCGGACCCGGAUCCAAUUGAUGGACCCCCGGACUUUGAGGGGUCACCGGUGGAGAUGUACCUGAACAGGUAUGGCCUGCGCAGUCCAGACUACGUGCUGUCAGGCAGUGAGGACGAUGUGCACCUUGAGUCAGUCAAUCUGUUUUUCGAGCGGCUGAGGAGUGUGACUACUGCAGAGCAGUCUCAUAGAAACCAUCCCACUGCUAAAGGAAAUGUGAAGAGAACCCAGGAAAAUCUGUGCGGUAACGGGAUAAACAUCGAUGAUGAAUAUCCACCAAUCAGUCACCUGCCAAAGGGUCCUCUCAGAGGGAAAAAGGAUCAAGACGCCUUAGGUUCAGAUGAUGUCAGGCCAAAGAGUAAGACAGACUCUGGACAUUUCGUCAAGUACACAGGUAUUCAGUCCAAGACUGCAGCAGAUUGGUAUACCCGUAGCAUGGAAUUAGCAAUCAGUGAGGAGUGGCCCAUGAAUCCACAGAAAUCACACGUAUGGAAAGAAUACAACAGAAGAGAUACAUCCCAUAAUAACUUUGCCAUGGAGAUGAAGGUGCAGCCUGCCCGGCUGGGGUCAUUUGACACUGGGGCAGCGCUGAGCUCAGACUUGGCCACCUGCAGGAAUGGCACAGAGAUGGUGCGGCGGAAUGAUGAUACGUGCAGCCAGCCUGUGCUUAGGAAGAAUUCAGAGCAGAGAGAACCAUUGCCAGGCCAGGGGCAGUCUCCUGCUUCAACCAUGCGCAGGAAGAAGAGAAGGAAGAAGAGGAUGUGCAUGGAACCUGUGGAUCUAGAGCACGGCUACGAGUGUCAGAUCCAGGGCAAACUUAGUGAAUCAGACGAGGACAGACAUGAACGCAGAGCAGAGAAGGACAGGGAGGCACGUCUGUCCGGGGAUUUUGGCACAGUUAAAAUAGCCGACAAAGGCAGCGAUCAUAAGCGGCUGUCACUCCAGCACGUGAUUGAUAGCUUCUCAGAUCACUUGCCAGGACAGGCAAACUCACGCACAUGGAGGGAAAGCGUUACAGGGCCAAGAGAGUUAUCUGCAGCUGGAAACCAAGAUGACGAUAUUGACUUACCUAAAGCGCCACCGGGGGCCUGUCAUUCUCAAACUUUGAAGAAGAUGGAACCAAGACGCAGAAGCACGGACAUGGCCAAUGGAAUGUGCUACGAGAAGCCAUUAUCACCAGUACAGUUACUUGUGGAAAACAGCUGUAAAUUUCCUGAGACACCUAUGUCAGCAAAUGUCAUAGAGCAGAUAAAGUCCCCAACGCUCACUAACAGUGUGUCGAAACGAGACGAGAGUGAGGGUGAAGGUGAUAAAGUGACAGGUAAUUUGCAACAAAUCAGCACUCAGUUGUUGGAAGCAGAAAAAUCUAACCAGGUGCCAGUCCCUCAUGCAUGUGUUGAUGCUGUAGGAUCAGGUCCUGAGAAUGGACUGAAGAUUGCACAUAGGCCUCCAGAGACUCAGAGGAAGACAGAUCUACCGCUCUCUCUAAAUGGAGCGUUGGAAGCCGAAGGAAGGCAAAGUCAUUCACCAGCACCACUGGCACAGAUCAGAUCACCCCCAGACUCAGGAAGAACUCUCCCACUGGAUUAUUCAGCACCGAUAGCCAAACCACAAAAUGGCAUCCGACCCAAACAUACUAAGAAAAUUGAUGAUUCUGAACAAUUACAAGAAUCAAUUUCAGAUUUUGACUUGAAGAUGAAUGAAAAAUUGAAACAAGUGGGCCCUACAUGUGAUAAGGAGAAUUCAUUUGAUGUUUCUAAAACAUCCACGGAGGCCACCACGGCCGGUAACGGUCAUAGUAUUAGAAAUGCAAACACUUUGAAAAGCGUGCAACCUGAGAAAAUCAGUCAGAAACCUACAAACAAAGACUCUCCCGCCAUCAGUGACACUGUGUCACAGGCAAUGCCAUUGGACGUUCGAGGAGUGCAGGCUCAGACAACGUUAGUAGAUAACAACAACAAGCCCUGUGCACUGCCAGCACAUUUAAAUGUCCCAACAACUGCCGAAUGUCCUCCAGGUCUGGGGAACACAACCAGUGACAAACAGAUGCAAAUGAAGGAGGAAAGUGCUGAGAGGCCAGAUCAGAGGCCUGAUAACACCCGGAGCAAACAGAUCAUUACAUAUCCUGCUGCAACAGACCCCAAAGAUCCUGCUCCCAGCAAUGACUCACCCUCCAAAGAGACAAGCACUGAAGGAGAUGACAUGCCUCAAACGUAUAGAGAAAAGCAAAGCGAAACGUCUUACCAACAGUCAACAAAAACAGACUUAACGGUUAGGUCAGACGUCAAGUCAUUAUGUGAUUUAUCAAAGGCUAGUGCAACUGAUAGAAAUGUUGUGGUAUAUUCUUCCUCUAAUGCAUUUAACAACACGGGUAGUGACACCCACAAUGACAUGAGCAUUGCGACCAAACCUGCUACAGAAUGUAAUUAUUCUGGCAACAAUGAGAUCCAGAGGUCCCCAGCUACCACAAAUGCUGUGGUGAAAGAGCCCUGCAAGGCUGUCUCAGUACAAUCCACUCUUAAUAGGGAAGUGUCCCGACCUGACACAGAUAAAGACCCAAGUAUUUGCUCCGCACCCUUUCCUGAAGAGGAAAGUGAGGUGGCCAUUCUUGAGAAAAAGGAUGUGGAUGUUGUCACCCAUGAGCCUCCCCCAGUGUUUGCCAUGUCUUCCUUCUGGAGUGAGAUGGAGAAGAUGACCAUCGACGACAUCCUGCGCUUACGCUUGGUCAGCCAAGGCCAGCACCCAAGCAUCCUCCCCUCUCCCGACGACGGCAACUACGCCGAGGCCUCAAAUGCCAGGGACUCGGGCUACUUCACACACGUGGAUGACUCCAGGCCAGAUCGCUCCAGCGGGGACAUGUCCACCAUGUCUGACUUCGACGAGGAGCCCUCACUACUCCAAACUGAAGAGGUUCCAACGCAAGAGGGGGAUGAGGCAUCGGCUAACUCCGCCGACGUCUUGUGGGUUAGCGACCCGGAUUCUGUCCUCGCCAGUGCCGAGACCGACGACGUGGUGGUGCUCAGCACAGAGACGUGCAUUCCUCAGUCUCGUUUCGCAGAGCAGCAGUACUUCAGGAAGAUGUAUAAGAACAUCAGCGUGCAGAACCUCAGAGCCCUGGAGAAUCAGCCUCUCAAAGAGAUACUGAGGAAUGCCUCCGUGCAGUCCCUGAUGUCGCUGGAUGAUGACUCUCCAGACCCUUUCUACCACAUAAACACGUCAGCGCAUUUCUCUGAUGACGAGUCAGUGGAUGGCCAUGGCUUCUCCUUCUCAGAGAUGAUAGAAUAUCUUUUUUGCAAUGACGAUGCCGGAUCGUCAGAUUCAGACGCAGAAACCCUGAUCUCAUCUCACAUUGAGGGCACCUCCGUCUCUGAGACCUAUGAUCAGUUCUUCUCUGAGUUUGAGGCAGUCAACCUCUUCAUCCCAAAGUCUGAGGGAUCUGCAGGGUCAGACUCAGGUGACAUGUUGCCCAUUUUCUCCUGUUCUCGUUCAGCUAACCGGAGCCAUCAGUUCCCCGAACUGUAUGACAAUUUCUUCCCUGACUCCCCUACACAGUCAGACGAGGACGAGGAGCCAGAGCACUCACCUCCGAUCCGCGUGGUGUCCCGAUACCACAAGGAAGCAGCUCUGCACAGCUCCACUGAAACCAGUGCCAGUGACUCCAAAAGCACCUUCUUCUGGACCAACCCCCUUUCUCUACGCAAGGUGCGGCGCACCGGCCUCGCAUUACCCUCCAAUCAGCCCACCUCCUGGUCACUGGAGACCGGCAGAAGGACGAUCCAGCCGAUCAACGUCAUGGGCUCCUUCCCUGACCCUCUGUUGUGUGACCUGGAGAGCCGCAUCUUCAGGAAGCUGGCCGAACAGCAGAUGCUUGGGCUGGAAACAGCUGUCGCAGACCCCCGGAUAGAUGCCCCCCUGGUUCCCUUCAGGCAGUCAGACAUGUGUCUGGUCUGCAUUGCGUUUGCCUCUUGGGUCUUGAAGUCUGCCAGCCCCCAAGGUGCUGACACAUGGAAAGCUGUUCUACUGGCCAACAUCAGUGCUCUGUCUGCUAUCCGAUACUUGCGGAGAUAUGUCAGGGAUGAUGCCAGCGGAGCCAAACCAUUGCGUCAGAUCCAGUCCUGAGUAAUCAUGUUCCACUGCCUAUCAGGAGCACGGCCUCCCAUCACACGCAGGCCGUACCAGGCUCCAUUUCAGGCAACCUCCCGCUGCUCUUAUCCACUCAACUGGACUCGGGAUUGGAUUUUUUUUUGCAGGUCAUACCCUCUAACUGUGUAACAGUUUGUUUGGUAUGAUGUAUGUAGGAAACAUAUGCAUGUACUAAAUGUAUAGUACGUGUGUUACACACUAAAAUGUAUAUCAUAAUUUAAGCACAGUUUGGGAAUGAAAUUAUAAUGUGACUAAGGCCAGAGAGAUAUAUCAUACUGUCAUCUUCCUUCAGAAUUUUGAGUGCCUGGAAAAAUUAUAUGAAUAUCGAUUUCAUAUAUAUGUGCCAAGUUAAUGCACUUGCAAAACUUAAAAUGACCAAAUACAUAUCCCGUUGAAAGAUGUAUAUUUUUGUAGAAAAGAGGAUAUAUAUUUGUACUUGCUGAAGAAAGUUCUAGUAUGUGUUCAUAGACAUGGAUGUUCAUUGAAAGUGUUGAAAUUAACCCUCAUUGAAAUGGAGGGUUAAUGUGGUUUAAUGAGUAUAGAAUAUUCACUAUGCACUAAGCUUCUGGUGAAGGAUUGUGACAUACGCAAUACGUUUGUUACAACAGUGAAGGAGUAAAAGAAUGUAAUGUGAUGCACCUUGAAUCCUCUAUGAAAAUUGAAAGUUUUCUCAAGGAACCAUGAACUUUAAUGUGGAGGCUUUUGUUCUGUAGCAUACCUCAUUAUUAGAAAUUAAAUAAGGUUGCUGCUUGAUUUUGUCAGGUAUAUGUUGUGAAAAUG